UUUUUUUAAGGUUUAAAAAUCCUAGUUUGACUCAAAAGCAGGGAAGGGUGGAGAAGAAGGUGAAGAGUGAGUAGAUCUGACUGUGAAGGAAAAAUCCUCCCGAAGUUUUCAUCUUUCAAUUAAAGGGUCUUCAAAUAAUGCUCUGAAUCUUUCUUCUUCUUCUUUUCUGUUACCCGUAUCACUCUCAGACAAUGGCUCGUCCUUGUUUCCACAAGCUUGUUCUCUCCACCACUCUUCAAUCCAGACAACUGUUUGCUGUUGCAGUUGCUGGAGCCCAAAUUGCAACACAAAUUGUGCUUCUCAUCAUGACAGAGCAGCCACUCUAAAUGUCUCAGUGCAGAUGGUUUUUCACUGACAAUAAUGAUGGGGGAGGAAGGAUGGUGAUGAUUUGGCUGCUCCAACAAAGGCUUUGUUAUCACUACCAAUUUUGGACAGUCUAUACCACCCACCCUCACCAACUCCCACUCCUCCAUCUGCAACGUCUUCCUUAGGGAGUUAGGGUUUUAUAAUGACAGGGUGACACUUAUCUAACAUCUGUGCAGUCCCUGGGGGUUAGGUUUUCAGGGGGAAUUAGGCCAUGUGGUUCAAAUGUUUUUGUUUUUUUAACUCUUCAUUUUUGUUUUGGUUUGUCGUGCAUCUAGUUAGGCCUAGUUUAGUGUCUCAAUUUCUGUUUUUAUUUUAUUUUAUUUAAAGCUUAACAUGUACUAUAAUAAUCUAAAUAUAAUAUAGUAAACAGUAAUAGUGAUUACAAUCAUAGGACGUAAUCAGGGUUAUAAAUAGUGCCCAAUAACAAUGUAGUGGUUGUAGCAGAUCAAUAGUUGGUGCCAUAGCAGGGCUUGUCUGGAGGGCUAUUUUAAGAACUUUAGAUUCCAAAGUUGAAAUCUAUGUAUGUAAUACUUGUGAAAAUGAUAAAGAAGACUUUAAUUUAGUAGAUGAUGACUGAUAAUUCUUAUCUAGGAAACUUGUAUUUGACUUCUGUUGGUUUUCAAUUUUCUGUUUUGUUUGACACCUAUGACUUUUUAUUGUCAAUUAUGAAUGUUAUUAAUUUGAGUAAUUUUUAUUAUUUUGAAAACUUAUGUCUACAGUAUACAUUAUAUAAACUAUAGAAGUUAUCAUAAUACUGUGGUUUUCCUGCUAUACUCCAUCUCAUAGUAGGGUUUUUGAAACUUGCCACCAUGUAUGGCAAUUAAAAGCAUUGCAUGUAAUAAAAUAUAAUCAAGUAAAUGGCAGAAGUAAUAAAAAUAAUGUUAGAAUAGCAUUUAUCCUGCUAUAGCAGUUUCGGGUUUGGCUUGUCCACACUGCUUGGGAACUAUCCUCUAGACAUCACCAGAAACUCUCCAGGGAAUCUCAGACUCAUAGAUAGUGAUACUCUUCUGUUGUUUUAGUUUUUGUUUCCAUCCAUCUUUUGCUCUCUUCUUUCUCUCUCUCUCUCUCUCUCUCUCUCUCUCUCUUUUAUUCCCUUCCAUUUUUGGUCUUUCUAAAUUCUAACCAUGCUCUUUAUCUUUUAAACAAGCAAUAAACAAAUUCAAUUAUUGUUCUUUCAACAAAAUUAUUUAAACAAAUUCUUGUGUUCUCUUUUAUUUUCCAAUUUUACUUUCUUCCUCUAUUUUAUUAUUUCAUAAAUUUUGGUUUUUUUAUUUACAAAUAAAUUUCAAGACAAAUAAAAUCUAUUCUUUUAGUGAACUUAUAUGCUGUGCUACUUCUGCUAUUAUCCCGCUAACUUGUAAAUUGGGGAGUUUUAUAUGUUUCUAAUUUGUCAUCUAUUUUUCAUUUUUUCUAUAUUGAUUAUAUUUUGCUGCUUUAUUAUGUAAGUUUUGUAUUUUUUUCUUCCUCCACUGUAAUCCCAAUCCCAUCCAUCUUAAUUUUUGGUUGUGGAUUUUGGGCUUGCCGCCAUUAAUAACAUUGCAUACACUUUAAAGUCUUGCUUGUAGAAUUAUUUCUAUGACAAAGGUUUUCUAAAUUACAAGAGAUAAUUAAUCAAUGAUAAUAGGAAAUUAAGUAAAUGAGGAAACACAGGUAUAGGGAAGCUGUACAAAUAAGAACAAAAAUAGUACUGUGGCUAAAUAGGCCAUAUUUCCCCUUGAUUGGAGAUACCUUCCAAGCUCUGUUCAUGAAGGUGGGGAUGAUGAGGUCCUGUUUAGGAGAGGAUUCCGGAUAUUUUUCUGAGGAAAUAUGGGACCCAGCUUUCUACAGUUGCUACCCUCACUGUUCCUGAUGGUAGUAUUUGGCGUAUAGGAUUGAAGAAAGCUGACAGCAAAAUUUGGUUUGUUGAUGGUUGGCAAGAUUUUGUCCAACGGUACUCCAUUGGUGUUGGAUACUUUUUGGUGUUCAUGUAUGAAGGGAAUUCAUCCUUUAUUGUUCAUAUUUUUAAUUUGAGUACCUCUGAGAUAAAUUAUCAAUCGGCUAUGAGAAAUCAUAUGGAAGGACCCUGCUUUGUCAAUUACAAUCAUAUUUUCGAGGAAAUGGAAGACAUAGAUUCCAUUGAUUUGUCAGAUUUGUCACCUUCGUAUCUUACAUCUGGUGCCAUGCAAAACAAGGGUUUUGCAGGAUCUGUAGAUCAACUGACACCUGGGAAGAGUCAUACUCCAGCUCUGCAGAAUUUGUUCAAUGGUGGCUCAAAACUGAAUCGUGUAAACUGGGGUGAUGGUGGGAGUUCUUACUCUUCUAAGAGUGCCAAUUCACAAGGUAGCCAGUCAACCAGAGACAUAGGUGUUCAGUUUAAUGCUGUUGAGUUUAAAAGGUCCACCGAUGAAUUGAAGUUGCGUUAUUCUAACGAGGAAGCAGUCAAUAAAACUGCAAAAAAGAAGCGGAAAUCAGAGUCCCAGGGCGAGGAACCCUCAGGUGAAAAUGAAGAGGAGGCAGAAAUGCGCUAUAGGUUUUAUGAAAGUGCAUCUGCAAGGAAAAGAACAGUGACAGCAGAAGAAAGAGAAAGGGCAAUUAAUGCAUCAAAAGCAUUUGAACCCACAAAUCCUUUCUGCAGAGUUGUCCUGCGACCCUCCUAUUUAUAUAGAGGAUGCAUAAUGUACUUGCCUUCUUGCUUUGCGGAGAAGAAUCUGAAUGGGGUAUCAGGAUUCAUUAAACUUCAGUUGUCCAAUGGCAGACAGUGGUCGGUUCGCUGUCUCUACAGAGGAGGUCGAGCCAAGUUAAGCCAAGGAUGGUUUGAAUUCACCGUGGAGAACAAUCUGGGGGAGGGUGAUGUAUGUGUGUUUGAGCUCCUUAGAAUAAAGGAAGUUGUGCUGCAAGUUACUGUCUUUCGCGUAACUGAAGAUGCAAGCUUGUUGAACUCUCCUCCUGUGCAGCAGCUGAGCCAAAAUAUGAGCCACACCAAACUCUUGAACCCUCAUUUGCAGCAUCGCGUCAGCAGUACAGUGAAAUUGAUUAGAAAUUAGAGGGGACAGUUAAUCCUGAUAGCCAGUCUGUGAUAAAUAGACCUUGCUUCUGAGUGAUCUGUUGUUCAUCUAAUUCUUCACUUAGAACUUUGAUGCUUUACAUGUUCAUAAACAUUUGAACUUAGUUGUCCCAGUUCUGAUACAAAUAUAUUUCGGUUUUGACUUGGGUUGUAAAUAGAUUGUUCAAUCUAGUUGAUCAAAAACUGAGUUGAAAUGCUUGUGCUUCA